AUGAGGUGGACAUCUGAUUGUGUUCCAAAACACUGUUUCAAAUAUAUUCUCGCGAAUUGUCCGGAUCGCAAAAUUCUGAUGUUUAGACGUAGCAUGAAAGAGAAAAGUGACUUGAGACGAUCAUCAAAUCCCGCAUUUCAUGGCCAUCCCUUGCCUCUCUGCGGUACCGCUGAAUUAGGAUAUAAGCCAUGCACCAGCCGAGGUGUGGCUGAUAAGCUAUUCCAGUCAUGCUGCAAUAUCUAUGUACCAAAAGAAUGCCGUUCAAUGUGUGUUUAUGAAACCAAUCAAAAUGCUACGCGUGAAUUGCUUAUUUCAAUAUUGCGUGAAAGGAAGUGCGGUUUAGAGUAUUUGUCUAGCAUCCUCUACUGUGCAUCGCAGAAUCGUGACAACCGCAAAUGCUGCAUACAUUUAAAUCUAAACAGUCCACAACUUCAGGUGGGCAGUCGAUGUUUACGGAUGUGCGACCCAAGUGGAACGGCCAUUGAACAAAUAACGAUGGAGGAUGCCACAUGUAUUUAUAACUGGAACGUUAUCAUGUAUUGUCACCACAGUGGUAUACGAGAGAUGUGA